GUAACAUUGAUUUAACCACCGGUUUUUUAUAAACAUGUCGGAAAGUGGUUGUGCGUGAAUUUGUGAAAACAUUUUAGCUUUGUAGAUUUGAUUUAAACAUAAAUCUCUGCUUUAAUUUUAUGGCUAGCAUUAUUUUGAGUUUGUGAGUGUAUUAAAAUACAAAUGGACGAAAUGUGGUAAAAGUGUGUACUUGUGAAGCUUCGAUUAUAUUUCAUAAUAAAGGAAUUAAAGCAACGUUGAAGCAGUUGAAGUGUGGAACAACUAACACGGAGUUUAUACAUUAACCUUGAAAGGGAACUUAUAAUUCUGGAUUUAAUCCUCUUUAACCUGUAUCGGGAUUCAUUUAUUUGAAUUGGGUCAUUGGUGCGAAAAAAAUAUAGUAAAAUAUCGGAUAACGCCAGCCCACAAGAUGGCCGACUGUUAUUCGUAAGAUAAUGUCUGGUGCAUCUGGUUCAUCAGGAAGUGGUACAGGUCGUGGCAGAGGAAGUGCAGUGUCCGAGAAACCAGAGUCAAAGGAAAAUAAACCCAACCCAAAGAUGUCCAAGGCACUAGGUACAUCAGCGAAAAGGAUUCAAAAGGAACUGGCUGAAAUAACAUUAGAUCCUCCACCAAAUUGUAGUGCAGGGCCAAAAGGUGACAACUUAUAUGAAUGGGUAUCUACUAUCCUGGGGCCACCUGGAUCAGUAUAUGAGGGUGGAGUGUUCUUCCUGGAUAUUCAUUUCUCACCAGAAUAUCCUUUCAAACCACCAAAGGUAACAUUCCGGACAAGGAUAUACCACUGCAAUAUAAAUAGUCAGGGUGUGAUAUGUCUAGAUAUCCUGAAGGACAAUUGGUCUCCUGCCCUCACUAUAUCUAAAGUACUGCUCUCGAUUUGCUCAUUACUUACUGAUUGUAAUCCAGCUGACCCAUUGGUAGGCAGCAUUGCCACACAGUAUCUGCAGAACAGAGAGGAACAUGAUCGCAUUGCCCGCCUCUGGACCAAACGUUAUGCAACAUGAUUCUUCUGCCCCCUCUACAAAAAGCUAAUUAAACUGAACAAUGUCAUACUCAAUAUUUUCAGUCCAUCCCCAAUGCAAACAUUAGUGUCUCGAUAAAUUUGUUCUCAUAAUUAUCAAUUGUGUCAUAAUUUCAAUUUUUUUACAUGUUAUAUGUUGAACACAUGUGUCGAGACAAUAAUUUGGCUUAUUUAGUUGCAAUUGAUGUAAAGAUGCUUGGGAAAUGUCCAUUUGUAUAACAUAAGUAAUUAACUGUUUGUGUUUAAAUCAAUUUUUGCUGCAAUAGUGAUGAUCUCAACUAUUUGGUUUGACAAUCCUGAUGUUAAAACCAUGAAACUGAUUUCAAAUGAAGGUUUGGUCUAAGUGUCUAGGGUAUCAUACCAUCAAAAGAUAUUUCUGCAUCUUCUACCAAAAAAAUUGGCAGUGUGUUACGCUAUUAUACUAUACAAGUUAGGUACAUAAGUAGCAAAAAAUUCCUUAUAAAACAAAACUUUACUGUAAAACCAUAAUUGUGACUAAUUGUAUUUUAUCAUAUAUUACAUUUAGGUUUAAUUUCUUGUGAUUAGUAUUAUAUGUGAUUAUAAAUGGUAGUUUUAAAAGUCAAUGUCCAAGAAUUCAGCUUCCGAAAUAUAGUUUUUAUGCUUUGACUGCACAAUUUUAUUUUACUUCAAUGGGGUGAGCCUUAAAAACAAAAUUCUCAGUGCUUUCAAAGAAUGUAAAAAUUAUACAGACAGCUGAUUAUAGUAAAAAAAAUCCGUAGAAUUUUAAUGCAGUAUCUCGGUAUUGAAUGUAGCAUUUGAUUUACCGAGGUCUUUAUCUUUUCAUUGGUAGACUUAAAAGUACAAUAAACUACUGCAUCAGAGCCAUUCAUUUCUUUCAGUGAGCCUGAAAGCACUAUUUUGUUUGUUCUUACCUUUCCUAGGGUUAUUCUGUCCAGUCUUUAAAUUUGGCUCAAAGUCUAGUCUAUAGCUAGAUCACUCAUUAGGUAAUGAUAAACAUAAGAUUUUAUGUAGAAAACAUUUUUUCAAUUCUGAAAAUAGUGCAAGUAUUUUUGCGUCAAACAUAAUUCUUGAAUCACAUUUAUGCAUUAACCUUUUGAGUGAAUUUCGCCGUUAUUUUUGUAUAAAUCGAAAUAUUUUUGUCAAAAUAAACAUAUCAGGAUUGUCUGUUUGUGCCAAAUUCGCGCACGCUUGAUCACUUUGAAUAUUCCGUUUAGAAUGUAAACAGUUGUAGACGUAAGUUAUUUUAUUGUUUAGGUAAUGUAUAAUGUAUGUCUUAACCCUAGUUUAAAUAGUAACUUAGUGUUAGUGUGUCGCGAACGUGAUACUGUGUUUGGUCAUCGAAGGUAGAAACUGGUGCUGUGAGUAUCAAAAUGGCGACAUACGAGGUGACAAACGCCGCGAGCACGUCUGGCCUCGUACCCGGUCGGAUGAGCGAGUGGCGCUAUACCGUGUUUGACUGGACUUUUGUCAAUGUGAUUUUAUUUUUACUGUGACGUAAUGUGUUGCUUGCAAAACAGCUAUCGACGCGACUGAUGUUCCUUGAAACUCGAUGUUCAUAAACUUAUAAUCAUCUUUUGUUAAAAUUUAUAUCAUGGUAUAAAAUAGGAAAAUAAAAUGUGUGUAACUAGAACACUUAA